AUGAUUUUAUUUGGCACACAAACAUUAUUCCCGAGAAGAACCUCCAAAAGUAGCUCUAGGGAUAUUGUUUUCAUUGGAAAAGCACUGAAGAGGCUUCGUUUUGUUGAGAAAAGAGUUGUAGCAGUUUGGCUGCUGACUGUUGUUAAGCAGGCGAUUGAAGAGACUGAAAAAAAUAUUGGCAAAACUGGACAAUUUGGUGGGGCUUACUCUAUGGAGGAUGAUGGAAACUCAAUACGGUGGAAACUUGGCGAAGAUGAACUUUCUGCAAUACUUUAUUAUCUUAAAUCAGGCUGCUGAUAAAAUUAUUGAUGCUGAUGUUGUGGUUUGUAAGUCUGUGUUGGAAGAGUACAAAUGUGGUGGCAAAGUCCAUGAAUCUAAGCAUUUAUUGAACCGACGUUGUUCAACCUCUUCAGAAGAUUAUGAAAAGAUAUUGCCAC